UAUUACAGGGACAAUAACUUCAACAAGCAGAAAGGAGACAGAACGAGUUAGGGAGCCGUUUCAAAGUGAAAAUCGCUUUUACUACUACUCUUACCACCAAACACUUAAGAAACCCUGAUUGAAUUAGCAAUAACCAACCAACCAACCAACAGCUUAAGAUGAAUGCCAGUGUAAAGAUAUCUGAGUUGGUUGGAGAAGAGCAGAUGGAGGUGGAAAUGAUUGAUAAUCAUCAAAGUGGUAAAAAAGAAAUUACUGAAAAAUGUAGCAGCAGUACUGCUUCUCACCCACCGGCAGUGGGAACAACAGUCCGAAUAUCUGAUCAAGUUGAAGUGGAGAUGAUUGAGACAGAUAUGGUUGAUGAUUAUGAAGAAGAAGAAGAACCUCAAGCAGAAUACAGUUUUGCUAACAUUCCACCUAUUGAGGCAGAUGAUGUAGGAGAAGAUAACUUUGAGAGUUUUGAAGUAGCAGAAACCUCUGCAGUAGCUGGAGCAGCAGCAGAAGAAACCGAUGAUGAAGAUGAUUCCAUAACUGAACCUGUAAACAGAAAAGAACAGGAUGAACUCAUCAGUCGCUUAAUGACAGAUGGAAUGUCAUUUACAGAGGUUGCAGCACUAUUGGGAGAAGAUGCUGAUGUUGAUAGCGAUGUUGAAGAUUCCUUAUCAGUUACCCAGGAGCCUGAAUGUCCUGGAGAAGACCACGCAGCAGAAUUUGAAAAAGAGCUUAAUGAGCAACAAAGGUACCAGCUGAAACGAAAAGGUGGUGGUGAAAAGCGUCGACGACGUCGGUUACCAGCAGCUCUUCAGGGCCUCAUGGGGGAAGCAAAUUUGCGUUAUGCAAGGUGUGAUUAUGAUGAAGCAAUCAAGAUGUGUAUGGAAGUAAUCAGACAGUUUUCUCAUUCACCUGAGCCAUAUCAGACUCUGGGAAUGAUCUUUGAAGAAAAGAAAAUGAUAAACAAGUCACUUCAAUUUCUUCUAAUCGCUGCAUUUCUUAGUCCUAAUGCAGAGGAAUGGGAAAAAUUAGCUGAUCUUUCUCUACACCAGGGUGAUAUUGAACAAGCAGUGUUUUGCUGGGCAAGAGCUAUCAAGGCUAAUCCGCAAAAUUUAGAUUAUCAUUGGGCUCGAUGCAAUCUUCUGGAGCAGUUAGGAGAGAAGUUGAAGGCUCUUAAGGGUUACACUUAUAUGCUGAAAUACCUGCGAACUGACCAGGGAAAGGAUGGUCUUAAGCUAGCUAAGGAAAUAGCCAAAAUUCAUUAUGAAAACAAAGAUGUACAUCUAGCCCGUGAUGCCAUGGAAACUGCAUUCAAGAAAUACCCAUCAUAUGUAACUCCUGAAGAUGUUAAUCUGAUGCUGGAAGUACUGAUGCACCAGCAGGAAUAUCUGCGAUGUGUUGAAAUUCUUACUCUUCAUGGUGGUGUCCGGUUACUCCAUAAGGAAAUACCUGAAGAACAAUUCUCCCAGUACACCUUGGAAGAGCAGUUGGGAACGGCUACUGAAUGUUAUUUUCCUCUAGAUUUGCUAAUUGACCUUCGAACAAAAUUGACUGUGGCUUUAAUACACCUGAAAGCCUUUGAAAUAGCUGCUCCACUUGUUGAACUAUUGAUGAAUGAGUCAGAAGAGGAAUUUGGAGACUUGUACUUAGACACUGCUGAAGCUUAUAUGAGUGCCGAUUACCAUGAAGCUGCACUGCCAUUAUUACGUCCUCUGAUAACAUCAAAACAGUAUAAUGUUGCUGCAGUUUGGCUUCAGUAUGGAGAAUGUCUUGCUGCUUUGGACCAAAUGGAAGAGGCAGCGCAAGCUUAUGGUCAGGUUGUCAAGUUAGCUCCUCAGCAUGCAGAAGCACGAUUAACAUUAUCUUCCAUUCAGCAGUCUUUAGGAAAAUUAGAUGAAGCCCUUCUUAUCCUUAACCAAGAAAGUGAUAAGGAGCCAUUAGAUUCUCAGUUAUUGUAUCAACGAUGUAAAAUUCUUUUAGAUCAGGACCUUAUUGAUGACUUUAUUAAUGCUGCUAAGUUGCUGUUUCGCAGGCAUUUUAUUCAUAUUCGAGAUCGUGAUGAAGCUGAAGCUAUGUUGAAUAACAAGAAGUUGAGCAACAAGCAUGAGGCAAUACGUGACCUUAGAAAAUCAAAAGGAGAAAGUUUAGAGGAUAAUGGUCCUACAUAUACUGGGCCAGAGGUCCCUAUGGAGGACCAGUGGGAACUUUUUGUUACAGUAUGCAAUAUAUUACAUGAAAAAUCCAGAUUUGAAGAAUUGGAGAGAAUGACAUUUAGUGCAUUGGGAUCAAAGGAAUUUAUGAAAGAAAAAGAAAGGGCAAGAGAAAUUGAAUUUAUGUGUCUUUUGGCAUGUAUUUACAAUGAUAGCUCAUAUUUUGCAUAUAACAUUAUGCGCGAGUUAGUUAUCAAGAAUCCUGAGAGUGAGAGGUGCUGGAAUCUGCUAAAUUUAAUUAUAUCUAAGGCUGAUGAUUUUAGGCAUAAUCGUUUCCUUCUUCGACUGACUCACAAGCAUCCUGAUUUAGUAGCAUUAGACCUACUUAAUGGUCAUAAUUGCCUGGUAGCAGGGACAUACAAAUAUUCUUUAGCUCAAUAUAUACAAGCAUUUAAACAAGACCCUAGUAAUCCUCUUAUUCCACUGAUGUUAGGAUUGACAUUCACCCACAUGGCUUGUCAAAAAUUUAGUGGAAAAAAGCACUCUCUUGUUGUUCAGGCUUGUGCUUUUCUUAACACCUAUGUAGAAAUGAGAGGGGAAUGUCAAGAGUCUAUGUACAAUAUGGGAAGAGCAUUUCAUCAACUAAAUUUAUUGCCUCAAGCUGUUCACUACUACAAGCGUGCUCUGGAAUUCCCUGCAGUGGAGUCUCCUCCAGAUGGACCAAUGCUCGAUUUAUCUCGUGAAAUUGCAUUUAAUCUUGCUCUUAUUUACCAGAGUAGUGGAUCUCCUAAUUUAGCAAGAAUGUACUUAUUCAGAUACAUUCAGAUUUAAAUCUCUUAUAUGGGAAGUACUAUCAGUUUAAUUUGUGAAGAGUGGUUAGAGUAAUUUUCUUGUGACUUUAUAUCAUUAUAUUUUAAUUGUUUUGCAAUAAGAGUCACAAAGUAUAUGUCUAGAGUUAAUUUCAAAAUAGAAAUAUAUAUGCCCAUGUUUUGUUUAGAAUAUCUUGGAAGUCAGUAUGAUUGCCUAACAUCAAAAUGAUAAGUCUUUAUCAAUCUUGCUGUAAUUUUAUACAGUAGAUAUUGUUAAGAGGCAAGAAAAUAUGGUAGUUACAUUGUUUAGCUUUUUGCCUCAUAUUCCUUUUUUAGCAGUGACAAAUACAUGUAUUUUUUACAUAUUUUUUCAGUUAUCUGUAUCAAUAGUGAUUUUAUUAUUGACUUCAAGUUUCAGUCAAUCAAGUAACAGGUCUGUCUGUUUCACCAUCCAGGAUGUAUGGUGAGAGACACACACACUUGAUACUUAGUUGGAACAGGAUGUCAACGAUAAAAUCAUUGUUGAUUCAGAUACGUAAUUCAAAGUUAUUUUGUAUAUAUUAAAGAUUCAUUUUUGAUACUUAACUACAUUUUUCACAACUUUAAGUACAUACUAGGUUAUUCCCUUUAAAAUGUGUAAAUAUCUGUGCCUAUUUGUUCGUAGAAUUCAACUAUUUCAAUUGUUAUUCAGCAAUUGUACCUGAAUAUAAGUAUGUAUUGUACACGAAUCUUGCCAUUGUUUUAUUUGUAUUAUUUAGUUGGUUUGUCAUGUUUGUGUGCUGACAUUUUUAUUUUAUAGAAUCCUUUAUCUUUCAAAAGCCUGUCAUAUGGUAAAGCCUUUUUGUGGGGUUUUAACUGUCUAGCCCUGGUUUAUAGAAAUUUAUUUAUUUAGCUUAUGGAUAGGGUUUUGUAUAGUCUUAUUCUUCUUCUGACUUUUGUAGUGUAUAUGCUUUGUUUUGUCUGUUUUCAUCUUUUCACCAUCAGUGAAUGUAUUUAUUUAGUUGUUCCGACGCCGUAUACUUACCCUGAAUUACUAUCGUAGGAGAAUCCUGGAUGUCAAUCAGGUACCGACCAGAAAAAACUGGUUAUUCUCUCCAGACCCGCAGCCAGGUAUGUGCCCCAGGGUCGAAGAUCACAACCUCUGACCUGCAUUCCUUUCCUGGUCGCUGUAGCAUUCACACGCUCCAGCUUGUCAUCCGUUACCGACCUGUUUCCCUUGUCUUUCCCUAUGUGUGGUGUGUGUGCUGCGUGUGUGUAGUCUUUCAGGUUUUCAUGGAGUCUUCGUUGCAGCGGUGUUGCCCAGGUCCUGAGGGCAGGGCCUGUGGGACCUUCUUGUCGCCUUUCAAGAUAGAUCCCCACACUUUGUGCAACAAGUGUUGGGGUCGCCCUUGUUUGCGGGAGGCCAUAUGGAGAGUGCACCGCGUGGUUGGAUCAUUAAUGGGAUCUGGCCUCAACCAAGCACAAGAAGCCUCGCUCUCCUUCCAAGAAGGCUUAAUCGGAGGUGCCACGGAGUAGGAGUACUAACUGUUGCCCUGGAGGUCCUUUGCUGUCGCCUGCUUGCUGUCAGGAUUCCCUGACAGAGCGUUCGGAGUGUUCCCCUGUCCCCUCCCAGCGAGGGGAUCUAAGUGAGCCCGUUGCCAGGUCCCCGCAAAUGGCGGGACCCAAGGAGUCUGUUUUGGUGAAGGAUGUACCGUCAGAUGAUUCCGCUUUUUUGCAGGUGUGCUGGACUCAUGGUGGCCUGCCGGGCACUCCAUCCAUGGACACACUGGUUGCUGCGCUAUGCGCCUCCAAGAACUUGCCACCAGCUGAGGAGUGCGCUGGUCCGGAGCCGGGUGCUCUGCUCGGUCCACCCGGGAUCCCUGUGGGACUUUCCUCCGCGAUCCCAGCCACCUCUCCGGAGGUGGGGGAUCUUCCAGGUAGGCGACGGAGCCGACGGAUUCAUCUGGUGUUCCCCCUGGCCCGUGGUCUGGCACUCCCCGUACACCAGGUAGGUCCCCCCUAAGGGAGGAGGCGUUCCCAUUCUGGGGCCCCUCCUUCCCCCCUUACUGGGACGGAGGCUCUCGCUAGAGGGAGCUCCCUGGGGGAGGGUCUCUCCGUUCACUCCCACACGGAUCACCCCGGCUGCACCUCCCUCUCACCUCGGAACAGGAACCGCCGCAGAAGAGACAAGAGGAGAGGCUGCUCAUCGGAAGAGAGAUCGUCGUCGGGUGGUUCCUCCUACAGGUUGUUGAGGAGGAGGCUCUAUCACUCCAAGAGGAGAUGCUACGGGAGGAGUCGAGGUCGUUCUUUCUCCUUCUUCCCGGAUCGUAGGUCCAGAUCUCCCCGUCGUAACCGGGACUGCAGGGGUCGGAGUAGGAGUGGCUGUCGCCAGGACAGGUCGCGCUGUAGGCGCUGUCACUUGCUGGCCUCCCGGUCUCUGAAGUCGGCUCCCAAAUGCACUGCUCCCUCGAGGUCCCCCCAUGAGAGGGGCCUCCCCCCCUCCUGGGGUUGUCCCCCUGUGGCUCUGGUGGAUCCUAUACCAGCGUCGGUGGCCCCAGCGGCCUUUGCACCAGCCAGGCGGGCUCCUUCCUGUUCAGGACCUCCACUCCCACCCGUUACACAGGAGGAGUGGAGUGUUCCACUCCAGUGCUCAACCGGCUGAGCUUCCCCCUCAUCCAGAAAGUGGCCCAUGACUGCCCCUCCAGCGUGGGCGGACCCUCCCUUCCCCGGGGGUGCCUCAGUUAGAAGUAGAGGGCUCCGUUUCGGCCCGGCAGCCCACUCCUGUUCCUGCAACUGGUAGCAGGGCUGUCCUUGUCGAGAGAGGAAUUUGAGGAGGACGCCUUCGCUCUCACCAGUCUUCAGAGCCCCCUGGAGGGCCAAGGUGCCACAGACGAGGGCUCUGUGUUCCACAGGGUGCUUGGGUUGAUCUGGGUGCAGAACGGUUUGGCGGAACUCCCCACUCCCCCAGACUCCAGGAGACUCUUGGUGGUAGACCGACUCUUUGGGGUAAGGUGGAGUCCAAACCUUCCCUGUCCCUCCCCCAGGCCCCCUACUCAGCCAAGGCCCUGGAACAGGUGGAGGAAGUAGUAGCAGGACCCAAGAACUCCCUGAGGGCCCUGGGCUUGCUGAAGCUCUUUCUGGCUGCCAAAGCCAGGCAGAGAAAGUUAUACGCGCCAGAGGGUAUGUACCUGGCCCUGAAGACAGUAGAGGGCCCUCUCACAGCCCUCUUGCCGGACUGUUCGGGGGAGAAGUUAUUGGCAGGUCCCAUUUCCUUCUCCCAACAGGAGGCCAUGGCCAUGGAGUCCACGGCGUCGACCUCCAUCUACGUUGCGUCGUGGGUGGACCACUGGACGGGCGCAGUCACCAGCUUCGCGACGGAACUUGACCUGCAGGACAAAAGCGAGUUGGCCGCCUUCAAGGAGUUGGUGCUGUCAAGGGGCAAGUCUCUGGGCUUCCUGACCACCCAGCUGCUGACCCAAUGGACUAACUGGGUCCUGAGGCAGAGAGAUGUGAUUCUUGCUCGCCUCCUGAGGGGCUUCCCGGACAGGGAGGUGAAGGCCCUCCGGAAUGCUCUGGUGUCAGGGGAACCCCUUUUCCUGGAUUGCCUGGUGGAGGAAGCCAUAGAAUGGUGGAGGAAGGCGAACCAGGACUUCGUCGUCUACAGGGUGUCGUCCUUGUGCAGGCAACCAGCGCCACGGCGUAGUAUCAAAACCCAGAAGCCAAGACAUGGACCCAAAUUGGGGGUAGGGGCCCCCUCGGGUAUUUCGGAACCAUCUGCAGGAGGCUGGGGCCAUCAGGGAACUCAGCCCUCCUCCAGGGCCACUAAGGCCUCCUCUUCCUCUUUUAGAGCCAGGCCCACGUCCUCUUGCAGAGGUAAAGGCGGCCGCUUCUCUAGAGGAAAGUAGGAGGCAAGGCCUCCUACCUGACUUGAAGCCUCGGGUGGGCGGGUGCCUCUCCAAUCAUUGGCGGGACUGGGAGUAUCUUGAGGCCAAUCCCUGGACUGUCCAGGUCCUCAGGGACGGCUACCGGAUCCCCUUCCAAGACGUAAAACCUCCCCUGAUGGGGGAGCCGGACAGGGGGCGUUCAGCCCUGGAUCCUCGGUCAUGGGGAGGCUCUUCAACUGGAGGUCCUGUCUCUAUUAGAGAAGGGAGCCCUGUCCAUCCACAACUCAUAUGUCCUCAAGACUGAGUUCAAGAUGGAGAUCCCUCGCUCUGUGCUGGCGGCCUUGAGGGAAGGGGACUUCAUGCUGUCCCUGGGCCUCAAGGAUGCAUACUUUCUGAUCCCAGUACGCCCCUCCAGCAGGAAGUACCUCCGCGUAAGGUGGGAGGAAAUGACGUACCAGUUUAGGACCCUCUGUUUCGGCCUGUCCACAGCACCACAGGUAUUCACGAGAGUGUUCUCCCUUGUGUCUGGCUGGGCCCACAAGAAGGGCAUGUGUCUCCUGCUGUACCUGGACAAUUGGCUACUCCUUACUUCCUCAAGGCAUCAUCCUGAACUGGGAGAAGUCGCACCUGGAACCCACCAACGGGAUGGUGUACUUGGGAGUGGAUCUAGAUACAGUGAGAGCCAGGGCGUUCCCGUCGGAGGAACGAAUUUCCAACUUGAAGGACGUAGCGACCCCUUUCCUGACAGACAUGCCCCGGCCAGUUAGAGAGUGGCAGAGGCUGAUAGGCCACCUCAUCUCCCUGGAGAAGCUAGUACUACCUCAGGGAAGGCUGAAGAUGAGGCCCAUCCAGUGGAACUUGAAGGACGGGUGGGCCUCGGACGGGAAGAACCCAUGGGAGCUGUUAACUCCCUCAGCCGAUGGCGGAUGCCCUUCGUUGGUGGUUAGACGACACGAACCUCUGGCCGGGGUUCCCGCUGGCGGAUGUUCCUCCGGAGAUGCUCUUAUUCACAGACACAUCGAGGGAGGGCUGGGGAGCCCACCUACAGUCAGAAAUGAGGGGGGGAGUGGUCGGAUCGGGAGUGCGAGCUCCAUAUUAACAGCCUGGAGCUCCUGGCCAUCCUCAAAGCACUACAAGCCUUCGAAACCAGCCUGAGACACAACGAGUGGCAUUCAUGUGUGACAAUGCCACUGUCGUUGCUUACAUAAAAAACCAGGGGGGUCUGAGAUUGUGACCCCGGUGCGCCUUGGCAGAGGUUGUACUAGAAAGGGUGGAGAACGCCGGAAUCUCCCUGUCAGCAAGGUUCAUUCCGGGAAAGAGGAACGUGAUCGCCGACGGACUCAGCAGGCAAGGCCAGGUCCUAGGGGCAGAAUGGUCCCGACACCUGUCAGUAGCGGGUGAGAUGAUCGGGAGGUGGGGUUCCCCCUCCAUGGACUUGUUCGCAAUGAGCCUGAACCACAAGCUCCCAGUGUUCUGCUCUCUGGUCCCGGGCCUGGCAGCGGUGUGGGAAGACGUGUUCCAGCACCCCUGGGACCGUCUAGACCUCUGCGCAUUUCCCCCCUUCAGAGUCCUCAGGCAGGUCCUCAAUUGUCUCCGGGCCUCUAAAGCCACAGUCAUGACCUUUGUAGCCCCCAGGUGGCUAGACAGAGACUGGUUCCCGGACCUCCUGGAGAUGUCCACCCAAGAACCCUGGGAACUCCCCCGAAGGCCGGACCUUCUAAGGCAGCCCCACUUCGAGAGGUUUCACGAGGGCCUGGAUGCCCUCUGCCUUCACGGGUGGAGGCUAUCAAGCUCCUCCUGAGCAAGAGGGGUUUCUCAAGCAAGGUGGCUUCCUGCAUGUCGGGAUGCCUUAGGAAGUCCUCUGCAGCAGUUUACCAAGUGAAGUGGAAGCUCUUCUUGGCCUGGUGCAAGGGACAGAACUUGGACCUCCUACGGACCAAGAUUCCCAUGUCGCGGAAUUCCUAGUCCAUCUGAGGGAGGACAAGGGGCUCUCCAUCGCAACCAUCAAAGGGGUCAGGGCGGCUUUGAGCCAGGUCUUUUAUCAAAGAGGGGUAGACCUAGGGAAUUCCAAGUACUCCCUGCUUAAUAGGGGCUUUGAGCAGGCAUGCCCCCCCAGGUCCCUGACAGUACCUUGUUGGGACAUGGCCAGGGUCCUGGAUGCACUUAAAAAAGCGCCCCCUUCGAGCUGCUCAAGGAUAUUACAGACAGAGCUCAAACUCAAGACAGUCUUCCUCUUGGUCUUAGCAUCCUCCAAGAGGGUUGGGGAGCUUCAUGGCCUCUCCUACCAGGUGUCCCACUCAAGGGGAUGGAGGGAUCUAACUUUCAGGUUCGUGCUGUCCUUUGUAGCCAAGACUCAGAACUCGUUGGUUUUGGACGAGCGGUUCGUGGAGUUUUCCACUGCAGCCCUACCGAUGUCAGAGAACCCUAAGGAUCUGCUCCUUUACCCAGUCAGGGCGGUAAGGAAGUACCUCAGCAGGACGGAAGGACUCUGCCCCGGUAUUCAAAACCUGUUUGUCUCUACCUGGUGCGAGAAGAGGACGGUCGCGAAGAACACCAUCUCCUUCUGGUUGAGGGAGACCAUCAGGAGAGCCUACUAUGAGGGGGCUGGGCCACCUCAAGGUGCGAAGCCCCAUGAUAUCAGAGUUAUAGGCACCUCCCUGCCUUUCGCCAAGAACCUGACCAUCGGCCAGAUCCUCCAGGCAGGGGUGUGGAAGAGGCAGUCCACCUUUAUGGCCCAUUACCUCAAGGAUUGCACGAGGAGGUCUCUUGAUGCUUUUGAGAUCGGGCUGGUGGUUGCAGGCCAGCAGAGGGUCUAGUCUAGCUGGGGGUGGGUGGGAUUCGUCGUAUGAAUGUGAGUGUAUGAUGUGUGUUUUAUCCUUCCUCACUCCCCCUUUCCCUACUGGGCCUUCGACGUAAUCGUCAAAAUUCCUCAGCCAUUAGGUGAGUCUAUGUGAGGGACAUUAUAUGCUUACAAACCCUUGCAUUACACUCAUAGAGAGUUAUUCCCUCCCCUACCCACCAGUCAGGAUCAGCUCUAUUCGGUGGAGGGAUCCCUACCUGCGCCCUAAUCCAGCAGAAUGGGUCCCCCCCCCCUCCUUCCUUCCUUCCUGAAGGAGGCUGACCUCUUCCUUAGACGGGACUCAUCCUUCCCUAGAUACUCCCGCCUCCUAAGGAAUAAGUCUCCUACGAUAGUAGUUCGGGGUAAGUAUACAGCGUCAGAACAAAUCACAAAUUUUGAGUAAUUUGUAUUUUUCCUAGCUAUACUUACCCUGAACUACAGAAUUUUUACUCCCACCCUUCCGUCCCUGCGUAUCUGAAGGCAGGAGUUCUAGAGGUGUGGAAAGGACUGCAAGUCAGAAGUUGUGAUCUAUGACCCUGGGGCACAUACCUGGCUGGGGGUCGGGAGGGAAUAACCAGUUUUUUCUGGUCGGUACCAGAUUGACAUCCAGGAUUCUCCUACGAUAGUAGUUCGUGGUAAGUACUAUAGCUAAGAAAAAUACAAAUUACUUAAAAUUUGUGAUUUUUGGUUAGUAAUUACUUUUUAAGCAUUGUUUUCAUUGAUAUUAAUAACUAUUCUUUAUAUUUGAAGUAUUUUGCGUUAAAAUUUGUUAUUAGUCGCAGCCAUUAUGCAGAUUAUCAGUUUGAGGUUUUGCUUAUGUUCCUUGUUUCAUGAGAAACUGUACUUCUGUACGUACAGGCUUUCAAAGAUCCUUUUCUAAGAUGCUGAGUGCUGACAGAUAGGACAGAUAAUGAUGAUUCUCUAUGAUGGGAACAGCUAUGCAGAAUGAAUGAAUAUAUACACUUUGUUCUUAUACGAUGCCAGAACUGUACUAUUCAUACAUGGAAUAUCCUUCAGAGCAUGCACAGGAACAGCUGUGUACAGGUGACUAACAAGGAGGGUACUCAGGUGGAGAUUGGGGAAGAGAGGAUGCCCAGUUUAACCUGCCACUGUUUCUCUGCAGUGAUGGAGUUGCGUUAUUCUUAUUGCCUGUGUGCCAGUUAAAUAAUUGUUGUGCUUUGUGUGCGCUUGGGCACUCUUUGUGCUUUUCAGAGCUGAUUUGUAUGUACUGAGUAUUUCCUGUAUGCGACAGGUAUUUUGCUUUUUGUUUUGUGUGUUUUGUUAACCUUUGAUGACUCUCUAUUCCUAGGGAGAGUAAGAAGGAGCAAUGGUACUACUAGGGCCAUGGUCAACUCUGUAAUCGAUUUGUCCCUACUACAAUUUUAUUCACAUUCAGUCUGUAUUUCUUGAAGGGAAAAGAAUGUACUCUUGAUUUUCAUCCUGUCCUGUUUGAGCUGCUUGGCCUUAUCUGUUGGAGCAUUAUGGGGAGAAGAAGGAGAAAACUAAGAAAGAUCCCUCUCCUUCAUAGCCCCACGCCAGAAGUGAGGCAAAGUCCUUCCAGAGCUUUAAUCCACCCCAAAAAACCAUUCCCCUUCCUUCAUUCCCAAGUACUUCCUGCAGUGCCAAGCCUCCAUUUAUUAAACCAAUUCCUCCCUCUGAUGAGCAGGUUAAAUGAAAUCUGUGAUGCAGUUGAGGAAAUUGUGGCUUUUCUUUAAUAUUACAGGUUCUCCUCUCAGCAUUAUCCGACUCCUUGGCUGGGUAUGAAGAGGUACAUUUUCAGAUUUCUCGACUGGGCACGAGGGGAUACAACAGAAUUUUAUUUUUCUUCAGCCCUGGCACUGACCCUUUCCACCACAUCCACCUCCCACGAGAUAACCCCCAAUUAGCAGACCAUGGAAGUCAUCACCUCCCUCCACCGUCCCCCAGCCCCUGUCUGACUUUCAGUUCAUUUUGGGAAUCAUAGAGGCUUAUGGCUGUGAGAAAAUGUUCCUCUCACUCACUAUUGCCCUCCCCAUCCUCUCUUUCAUUGGCUCCUUAGCUCUCCCCUACCACCAGAGAUCCCUGUCUGUCCCCCACCUUCCGGCAAUCAAUGGUACAGGCAGAGAUGUACCCCAUUUCCUCGUUACUUGGACAGGAACCAUGCUCGAUCUUAUCCUCCUAGAACUCUCUCAAGCUCUCACAAGAACUCUAGGUCACAGGCGUUCUUGUUCCACCCACCAUUCCAGGGGCAGGCACUCCAUAAGGGAGAGCUGCUCCCCCCUUAGGGCUUUUUUGUGUGUACAGAAGCAAACAGGAUUGCCACUCCUCACUGUUGUUCAUCAUCUCCAGACUGUAUGUAGAUGGAGGGAGUCCUAAUUUUCUCAUUAGUGCAAGAGGAGACCAUUCUCCAUGCCAGCUUUCAACACGCAGUCUUCACAUAGAUCAAGGGGGCCAGGUCUUGAUGUAGAGAGAGAGAGAGAGAGAGAGUCUCUUCUGCACCGUAUCCACAUCCCGCCAAAGGCUGGACUGGUGAGGCAUUGUCCCCCUGUCCUACUCAUCCUCUCUGCUUCCCUCCUACUCCAAACUACUCCCACCCCCUCAUUUUGGGACCACCUUUACGUGGUGAGGGGGCUCUCGAACCUCAGGAAUCUCUUCCCAGGUUCGAACCCAAGAGUCCCAUAUGACAUUAUAUAUUUUCGAGUAAACUUAUGUGGACCUUUCCAUUUUUUGCCAAAAUUUUUGAAAGCAAAUAAAUGAGAAAACAUAUCAUGGCUUAACGUGGAGUUAAAUCCGAAGCUAAAUAGUGAGAACUGUGGUAGAUCCAUCAUCUACCGACAAUGUUCGGACCUGUUUUUCAGGCGGAACUAUUCUGUGGAGCUGGACCACGGAUUCCAGGGGGGGCCUGGUUCUAGGAAUAGAACUCUCGGCAUUCUAUCCAGUUUGCCCAUAAUGUGAUUAGGAUGGGGAUAAUUGUAUUAACAUAAUACUCUUAG